AUGCCUGGCAAACAAAGUAUAUUAGUAUUAUCAACGACAUUAGCAAUGAUUGCAAUGCUGCCAUCGUUACACAUAGAAUGCCACACCUUGCGGACUCUUAAUGAUGCAAACCCCAAGAACACAACCAACCCCAGCCGGCCUUCCACCCUAGAAACGGGCAAUGAUAACCCUGUUAAUAAUGUUCCAGUGAGUGAUGACCCUGCUGAUAAUGCUCCGGCUAACAAUUUUGGGAACACUGCUACUGGUACGCUGAGGGAGCAUGUUGAAAAUAGAAGGAAAGCAAUGAUUGGCUCAGAUUCAACGAACAGCAGUGAUGACGAACAGCAAAUGCAUUCUCCUCUCAACUCUCCCAGGUACAAAUCCAGGUUUUCGGCUGUCAGAAAGACUUUGAAUGAUGAACUUGGGAUUAUUUUGAAUAAUAAAUUAAAGCAACACAAACAAGGAGAUCCCAGGGAAGUGGUUGAUCAAAAUCAGGUUCCUGAUAAUAGUUUGACACCAGCAGAUAAUUCAAUUAAGCUAGGUGAUCGAGAUGCGGGUGAAUCGGCUACUGUGCCUGCGAAAGAUGCAACGAAUAUAGAUGUAAACAAUGCAUUAGAACUUGGUAGAUUUAGUAUGUACCCACUCUACAAGUUAUAUUUUGCAGACGAUUAUGAGAAAAAUACAAACCUAAAUGGCGAUACGUUAAAGUCACUCGAUCUUGUGGAAAUGCAGGUGAAAUACAAUAUAGAACAAUUAGAAAAUAUGCGUGAACUAAUUAUUAAAUUGGAUGAAUCUUUACAGAAAUUAAAUGCAAAAAUUCCAGACGAUGGUACUAUUCGACAAUUUAACGCUUUUUGUAAUAAGAUUAAGAAAUUUGGUAAGCCUUGGAUCAACUCCUACGAACUCACCAAAGGGAAAUUGGUACAAUUAAAUGGAAGAAUAAAGUUAAUAAAGGAAUCUAUUGCAGAGGGCAGGGUUGGCAUUAAGAACAUGAUUUUUCAACUGUUCAAAUCAGUUGGCAUAAAUUUAGUUGAUGGCGGAAUUUUAGCUGACGGGAAUGCAAUUUUGAAUGACGAAAAUAUCGACAAAUUUACAGACUAUCUGAAUAAACUUAUCAGAGGAAAAUUGGAAAUCGAUUCGUUAAAGAUGAACUGCUACGCCAUACAAAACACACAAGUUGAAUUAUACCAGUUACUUUCGACCCACUUCCUGGACAGUCCUGUUGAUCCAGAGAACCCUCUAGUGCCAGCAGGGUUAAUUCCAGAGUCGAAUACAGAUUCUGGCAAGAAUAAAAGUAACAAUCUAAAAAAAAAGUCCAUGAUAAGAGAGAGACGAGAAAUGCAGAUUAAUGGUAAUUUAAAAAAUUCUGGCUCGGAUUCCGACUCCGACGACAGUAUAGGUUAUCAACCUGAAUUGAAGAGGCUAACACAACUACAAUCGUAUGAAGAUAAUAAUGAUGCCCUAGACCAAUCAGAAGACUCCGACUCUUCUGACUAUGUACGAAUAAACGGCGGCUUUUUGCUUCCCCUUGCAAUAACUGUUGUCUUAUGGGUAUUGUAA